GCUUUUAACUUUCGCUUUCCUGCGAAACGUUUCUUUCUUUCUUUCUGCUGCUGCUCCUUACUAAUCUGUAUCAGCUUUCAGUUUCAGGAGUGAACAGGUUUCCCCGGGACACAUCCCAUCUCUGACAGCAGCCACACCCCUUUCCUGCCCAGCGGUGGGCAGAGGUUUAGGAGGAAGUCCAGCCUUUAAAAGCCGCCCUUUUCACUUUCUGGGAGCAGUCAGCCGCCGCCCUCACAGCUACACUCACUCACACUCAGAUAUACUCAGAUAUUCACACACCGACCCACCUAACAACACACCCACCCACCCUACACACACUGGGACACCUUCUCUUCUUCAGCCUUCUUCAACUAGCUGCACACUGAAGAUGACCAGCUCCAAGUCUUCCCAGACCACCCGCAACAUAGUCAUCACCUGCCUGGCCCUGUGGUCGGUCAUCUCCCUCAUCAUCAUCGUGGUGUGGGCCACCUCGCCGGACCUGAAGGGGGCCAGCCAGUGCCGAGCCGAGCUGCAGGCCCUGCAGAAAACCUUUGACGAGGAAAAGGCAGUGUGGGGUAAAGACCGGGAGGCGCUGGAGAACAUGGUGCGGGAGGGCUGGCACAACCAGAGCGUCCUGCAGGAAAAUGUUAACCUGCUGAUGGAGCAGUUGAAGGAACUCAACCUGACACUGGAGACGUGCUUUCAGAACAAUACCAAUCUGAAGGAAAACAUCACUUUGCUGGAGAAGGAUAUUGAAGUCCACAAGGCAAUCGAGGCAAACCUCACUGCAGAAAUCUCCCAGAGGCAAGAUCUAAUUGAAAACCUGCAGCUGAACCUGACCCAAACAGUGAGUGAGUUGGAGUCCUGCAAUAAACUGCACAAAGCCGCUAUGCUCCUUCAGACAGCGGCUGAGAAACAGAAGGACGCCUGCCAGACCAGAAGGCAGUACUUAGAGAAACAACUGAUGAAGUGCCAAAACACCAUCCAGUCUAGCCAUAAUCAUGGCACUGAAGCAGGUAAUGACGGACCUCCUGGACCUCAAAGCGGUCUUGCCAUGGUCGUGAUCGUUGGCAUCAGUCUGCUUUUGGUACCUUAGUGGAGCUGACGAGACAACAAGGUGACUGGGUACAUAUUUCAGUACAACACUGUUUCAAGACACCAGCAUAAGGUGCGCGUAUAACCUGGACUUGAAGCACACUUUUACUUUUGUAUGGAGAAGCACUGCUGUAAAAUAGAUGGUUCUGAAAUAAGAAUUCCCUGGACAUGAUUUAUUUGCCGAAACCAGAAGUUUUUGAAAUAUGACGAGACUGUUUGUUGUGUAUCAUUUGUCCGAUCUGAACCCAGUAUGUUCUCUCUGUUUUGCUGAAACCAAUGAAGCCAUUCAACAGCCACUGUUUGUGUUUGAGGUUAGAAAUAACUAUGAUUUAGCCAAAGUUAGGCCUAUUUAUUAAUGAUGGAGAUUCUAUAACUAGGAAACAACUGUUGAGAAUUGGGAUCAUGCUGAUCUUCAGUAUAAACACACCUGCCUUUAUCUGUUUGUAAAAAAAAAACACAGAAUAUUCCUGCCAAAGAAAUAGGCCCAGUCUCAGUCCCAGAUCUCCAAUGUAUUCUAUAAUUCGUGUGAGCUUUUAUUUCUUAUAACUGACAUGCUAGGGUUUGUCAGUUUUGGGUGGGGUAAAUGUUUCUCAUUGAUCAUGAGAUUAAGCUUACAUUAAAGGAAGCUCAUUAUUAUCUGGGAGCAAAGCUGUGCAGUGAAUUAGUCAUAGAUGGUCCCCAGUGAGAAUAUCAAUCUGUGAAUAAUAAGAAUGUGAUCUUGAACUGAUAAAACCGGAGCUGGAUUUCCCAAAUUAGUCUUUAGAUGGGUCUUAAGAUGAUGCUUAAAUGGUUGAGCAAGCAUUACACUGCUGAAUGCUGUGUCUUUAUCAGAUAAAAUCAUUUGAAAACGAAUAUGUUAUGGGGAAACUGUGCUCAGAUCAGUGGCUUGUUUGGCAGCCCCUGAAGCUGUAUAUUAAUAUUACAGAAUUACAGAAUUAUAAUUAAGCUACAUUGCUUUUCUAAAACACUUGUGGGUAAAAAAAUGGAUCUAAGGUAGAGCUGUGACAUGAAGAAAAAGAAAAACAAAAAAGAACAAUUGCCAACAAUUUUUUAUUGGUUUGAUUUUAUUAUUCACUGAUUAAAACUACUAAAAAGAGUUAGAAUGUGGUCAACUCACAAACAACUCAUACAGACAAUCAGCCACCACUCAGGCUUCAAGAUAAUACACUAGAAAACUGUUAACUGGUUAUUUUAACGCUGCAUUCAUCGCAUCACUGUUUCAUCGCAUCAAUGCAUCACAACAUAUCCCAGUCAUUUUCAAUGAGAAGCGUCGGUUCCAUCAGAUGCAACCAUGCAACCAUACGGUGCAUCGAGAGCAGUUGGAUGAAAAGUUAGGCUGAGGGGCUUUAUGCAAAUUUAUGCAAAUUAAUUCAUCCAAUGAGACAUGUCUACCCAAUCAGAUGAAAGCAGGUUUUGCCUGAUACUGUAUGUGUCCUAAAAUUACGUUCACCAUUCAAACAUUCUGGUGAAACAUGAAGGAAAAACUGAAUACUAAAUACUGACUUUUCAGGUUCCUUGUUCUUUAUGAUCCAUCCCUGCUGAAGCACCAUUAGCGGUAUCCGCUAACCCUGCUAAGCGCUAGCUCUUUUGCCAUUCAGAGGCGUGUAUAUUGGCCUGUAAUCUAAGUGUUUACCAUCUUAAAACAUGCUGUGUGGGAUGAAUCGCUACCUACUAUUGCCCUGGCUUUCCAGAACAUUCAGGGCUCCUCAGUGUAGCGCUGUCAGGCAGAAUUAGCCACUAACCAAGGUUAUCACUGCUGCUUAGUCACUAAUGACAAUGCUGCUGCACCCAGCCUUAGUGGAAAUCUGCAAAUCUAAGCUUACUGUAAAUAAACGUAAGCUCUUUACUCCCCUAAAUAAACAGUUUUCAGGAGAGAAAUCUGCGUAGAUUAACAUCCAGAGCUCAUUUUACUUUUGACCAUUUGAAUUACAGGUUUGUUUACUUAACUUAUCUAGUGUCACAAAAAGUGCCUUAUAAUCUGCUGAGCCUUAUGUAUGAAAAUAGACCAGAAAAUAGAUGUUUAUUUAUAGUGUGGCAUAUAAUCCGUUGCAAUUUAUAGUGCGAAAAAUACAAUAAAACAAAUUGAUCUCGUAAACGCUAACCAUGUGGUUGCAGUGCCUGUUAAAGUGAUAACAAAGUUUUUAACUAUUCUUUUUGACACUGCAAUGAAAACAGCAAACUAAAGUAUCUGUCGGCUUGGACAUUUAGCCUAACUGGAUCACUUUCCUUAAACUGAGGUAGUAAUACUCUUAAAAGCAGCAUACAGUCAGUGUUCUAUUAUCUAACACCAGAUAUAAGAGUGUCGUAGCCUUUAAAAUCAGUCUGAAGAUUAUAAAAAUAAAUAUUUUUGUUAUUAUUACUGCUUAAGCAAAGCACAUUUUAACUUAGUGCUACUUAUCUCAACUACAGCACUAGUAUGCAGUUUAUUUUCUCUUGCUACACGUAACUGUGCUAGAACCAAUUCAUAGAUGAUAAAGAUAAAGAUUCUAACUAGAACUAUAAACUAUAAACAGUUCUCUGUGAAUAAGACAAUUCCUUUAAACAUUUCACUAGUUCUUUGAGUUUUUAUUAUUUUGUGUAGAUAUAAAAACCUUUAUGUACCUUUACUGAAGAACAUUUCAACAGAUGCCUCCAGCCCUGUGAAUGACAAAUAUGCUGAUAAUCAGCAGAUCUUUUACACCAUUUCCUGGGACACAUGACCUACAAACCAGAGUCUGUUAUUUUCAAAAAAGCUGAGAAUAAACAACGGGUCACAUCGAGCCUAAUCCACUGCACUGAUUUGGGGGAAAAGUAAUGAGACUAGAGGGGAUGAAGAGGUUAAAAUAGUGAACUAAUCUGAGACAACAGGGUGUGAUGGCAGGUUUGUCUUUAUUUGAAGUCUUUUUUUUUAUUAUGUGGAAAGAAACCUUUGAAAUAAAACUGCCAUUGUUUA